AAAAGAGGGCGAGUUCACGGCUGCUCUGUGAUACAGUUGGAUAGACGCGCAAGGAAAACUUAAUUCAUAGUGAGCAGACUCUUUCAUUUUUUAUUUUUUGAAGGAAAAAACUCGCCACGAUGUCUACCGAGCAGAAGGAAGGACAGGAGAAAAUGAGCACUUACUCCGUCACCCUGAACGGGCCGGCGCCCUGGGGCUUCCGGCUGCAGGGAGGCAAGGACUUCAGCAUGCCCCUCACCGUGUCCCGGCUGACUCCGGGGGGAAAGGCGGUGCAGGCGGGUGUGGGCGUUGGCGACUUCGUGGUUUCCAUCUGCGACUCCAACGCUGAGGACAUGACCCACGUGGAGGCACAGAACAAGAUCCGAGCAGCCACAGACUCCCUGUCCCUCAUUCUGACCAGGUACGCCCCUCACCUGUCACUCACUCACCAGCUGGAGACUCCUGACAAGUAUGGUCUCCGGGCCGACCCCCCCGCCACCUUCAUCCCUAACGACCGCAGCAAGAAGAGGCUGAUCGAGGACACGCAGGACUGGCACCCCCGCACCGGCACCACCCAGUCGCGCUCCUUCCGCAUUCUGGCCCAGCUCACUGGCACUGAUUUCAUGCAGGACCCAGAUGAUGAGAACAUGAAGCGGGCCAGGGAUAAGUUCCUGACUGAGAUUCAGAGCCCCCGCUAUGCCAGGCUGCGGGACUGGCACCACGACCGCUCCGCCCGGUCCCUCAACGUCAAAUCCUGGCUGAAGACCAGUCCUGUCUCGGUCCAGUCUGGUCCCGUCAUGCCCCCUGUGGACAAGCCCGGCGGAACUCCAGCCAAACCUGCCGCCAAAACUCCGACCCCCGUGUCCGCCCCCUCCUGCCGCCCCCCCUGGGUGACGGACCCCAACUUCGCGGACCGGUACCGGCCGGACAAGACGAGCACGGUGCUGACCCAGCACAGCCAGCCGGCCCAGCCCACGCCCAUGCAGAGCCGCAGCUCCAUCAUGCAGGCCGCCCAGCAGGGGGCGCCAGAGACCGGCCGCACGCCCGUCUGCGCCGCCUGCAGCAAGAUCAUCAGGGGCCGCUACCUGGUGGCGCUGGGCCGUUCCUGGCACCCCGAGGAGUUCACCUGCUCGCAGUGCAAGGUGGUGCUGGAGGUGGGCGGCUUCUUCGAGGAACGGGGCUCCAUCUUCUGCACCAAGUGCUACGACAGCCGCUACGCCCCCAACUGCGCCAAAUGCCGGCGGGUAAUCACCGGGGAGAUCAUGCACGCUCUAAAGAUGACCUACCACGUCCAGUGCUUCCUGUGUGCGGCCUGUAAGGUGCCCAUCAGAAACCAGGCCUUCUACAUGGAGGAGGGCGAGCCCUACUGUGAGAGAGACUACGAGAAGAUGUUCGGCACUAAAUGUCACGGCUGUGACUUCAAGAUUGAUGCGGGCGACCGUUUCCUCGAAGCGCUGGGCUACAGCUGGCACGACUCCUGCUUCGUCUGCGCGGUCUGCCAGAUGAACCUAGAAGGGAAGACCUUUUACUCCAAGAAGGACAAACCUUUGUGCAAGGGCCACGCCUUCACUCCCCUGUGAGGGUCGGGAGAGGGGGGGUGGGCGUGAGGGCGGAAAGGAGGGGGAGGGAUCGCCAAAACAGACCUAAACCGCCACCCCCGACCACUGCCAGAACCCACGCCCCCUUCACCCCCUUGAGCCCCCGCCCGACGUCCUCCUCCGGCCCCUGUCCGCGGUCUCUGUGACUUCCUGUUUCCUGUUUACCGCCAGCAUCCCUGACCCACGCGGACUGAGAGCGUGCAGAUUCCGCUCUGCGCCAGACUGCUUGGUUUCCCGCAGGUGAUGCUGACUGAUGAUUACGAUGAUGAAGGUGUUAGGACCGUUUCGCUGGGCUCUGUUGCUCACCUGCUUCUCGCAGCAGGGGGGGAGAUUUAAAUCCUUUGCUCUAUGCAUCACCCAUGUCACUAAUUUCUCACACAGACACACACACCCUGCCGUGUCAGUUGGGGCGCGAGUGUGACUGUGUAAUGCUUGCUCUUCUGCAGUACCUUUUCAGCAGGGGACCUGGAUGCCCUGAUUUCCCAUAACGUUUUCCUUUUAGAAAAGCCCGGAAUGACAUUCCUCCCCGGUCGGGGGUGAGAAUGUAUAAAACGUCUGCCCUCUCAGACAAAAACAUUUUAAAACGGAAAAGCUAUCGAUUAGCACUUUAGGAAGCAGCCGGUCAUAAAGUGCAAAAAAAAAAUAAGCCCUUUUCAAAACGUAAUCUUUUCCAAACUGCGACCAGUCAUCUUGGUCAAAUCCCGGCUCGGCUUGUGAGUGUGUGGCCAAGAUUGGUGCUGCUGUAAUGGGGGACCUUUUGAGGGGAGGGUGCUUUCUGUGCGGUGGACAGGAGGCUGUGAGGUUCAUUUAAUGGAGGCUUAUUAAAACCUACCUUUCAACUGCUGCACUGUUUGUCUCACCAGUAAAGGUGAGAUGGUGUGCCCAUUUAAAGAAAAAGUCCAAAAAUCACUGCAAUCACGGAUAAUUCCCUUCUGAUUCGGUUCGAUCUGGGCCAGCUUCUACCUUUGAGAUAUAUCAUUAUAAAUAAAAUGAGUGGAAGUUAAGACCCAUCUUAAGACGAGUUGAGACCUAUCAUGUCAUCCACUCUGUUACAGUUGGCAUAAGUUGAUGCCACAGUGUUCAAUGAUGCCAAGUAAAAAUGAAAUCGUAGGAGUGUGAUCAUGAUUCAGAUUGACACUGAUGUUAAUUAGGCCAAACGAUACAUAUGCAAAUUGGGUUCAAUGGUGAGCCCCAGGGUCCUGAUCCAAACCCAGUGGUGCCGGUGCUGACCGUAGACCGCAGCUACAUAAGGCAGCACAUAAUUGGCUGUAUCAUCACCAAGGGAGGGAAGGUUUCAUUUUCGGGUAACAACGUCUAUCCGUCCCUCAUUAGCAAUGGCUGCGCAGCUCGGCUGGCAGACCUGAGACUGUGGCUAGCUACGGGCAACUGGCUAGCGUCCAUCUCUCAGGAUUGGAGGACGUUGCAAAGGUGGGACUGCCCAUUAACUUAUGAAAUUAUUCCAGGCUGGGGAAUAAUAGUUGUGGAAAAAUGGAGAACUUCUAGAUGAUGGGUAGAUUUUGGCCUUCAUUUCAGACCCAACAACCUCCUGCUCAAAAACCCAGAGUACCAGCCUUGAAAACACCUACAUGUACAAACCCAAGCAAGGAUGUCUGAAGGCUUAAAAAGCAGCAUAGUUUCUCAAUUUCUGUUUAUCAUGAAACAGGGUAAGGUAGUGCAGCACUGAUGGUAACUGGUAAAAGGCUAUCACAGGGAUCACAAGAACUGCCAUUUUGGAUGUAGGCUAAGCAACGUGCUAUGUAAGUGUUAGUGCUAUGUAAGGAAAGUUGGGCUAAAAUCCACCAGUGUUCAAUACAGUAAGGCAGAUCAUAUCAGAACCAGUUCAGAAUUUUGGGGGAAGUACUUUUGACUCCCCCCCCCCC